AUGCGUUCACCAAAAACUCAACAUCCGAAAUUUGAUGCCAUCACAUCACCCACGUUAUUAUAUGCAAUACCAUUACAUCACCCCCCACAUUCCAAUUUCUUUUGUCCAGAUGAAGGAUUGUUUGCUGACGAUUACGAAUGUCAGUUGUUUUAUAGAUGUGAAUUAAGAUCAAAUCAGCGCCUUAAGUCAUAUUCUUUCAAAUGCAGAGAUGAUUUAGUUUUUUCCAGAACUUUAAAGAUUUGCGUACCAGCAAUUAUUUCUGGCCGAGACGAAUGUAUUGAAUCAAUGAAUGAAAUAGACAGUCCCAUUAAUCAAAACUUAGUAACAGACCAGAGUACAUUGGAAACAAAUCUUCGAUCGCAUCAAGGUAAUAGUGGAUUAAAUGGUAUACGUAUUGUGUCUGUUUUAACAUCAUCACCACGCGCACGCAAUAAUGAUGGCGGUUUAAGAUCAAAUGAUUGCCAACAGGAAGGCUUUAUGAAAGAUCCCGAUGAUUGUACAAAAUUUUAUCGUUGCAUUGACAGUGGAAGAGGCUUGAUGAAAGUAACGUUUCAAUGCGCUGAAGGAACCGCAUGGGAUGAAACAUUAUUAACAUGUAACCAUAUUGGGGCUGUUCCCGGUUGUCUACACAAAAACACUUUAUCUGAUGAAACCACCACCACAAACUCAUCUUCGUCUAGUUCCAGUUCCAGUUCGACCUCUUCAAGCUCUUCGUCAACUGAAAGCUCUUCGAGUUCCUCACAGACGACAUCCAAUUCUGGAACUACUACUUCUCAAUCAACUACGUCAAGUAGUUCUUCACAAAUGAGUAGUAGUUCUUCUAAUCAGUCAUCCUCUUCAUCUAACAGCACGACAACUAGUACAACUAACAACAAUAAUAAUAAUAAUCAAGGCUCCUCCAACAAUCAAGGGUCUUCUAAUAAUCAAAACUCUUCAAGUAACCAAAGCUCAUCGUCCAAUCAAGGGUCCUCUAGCAAUCAAGGCUCUUCAAAUAAUCAAGGUUCUUCGAACAAUCAAGGUUCUUCCAAUAAUCAGGGUUCAUCGAGUAAUCAAGGUUCUUCAUCCAACCAAGGCUCUUCGUCUAACCAAGGUUCAUCCUCAUCCAAUCAAGGGUCUUCAAACAAUCAAGGUUCUUCGAACAAUCAAGGUUCUUCCAAUAAUCAGGGUUCAUCAAGUAACCAAGGCUCAUCAAGCAAUCAAAGUUCUUCGUCUAAUCAAGGUUCCUCUAGUAAUCAAGGCUCUUCUGAUAACCAAGGUUCAUCGGCAAAUCAAGGGUCAUCAACCAAUCAGGGCACAUCAAAUAAUCAAGGUUCAUCUGCCAAUCAGGGUUCUUCAAAUAAUCAAGGUUCGUCGUCUAAUCAAGGUUCAUCGACUAAUCAAGGAUCUUCAGCUAACCAAGGCUCAUCAAAUAAUCAAGGAUCAUCUAGUAGUCAGGGUUCCACUGUUAAUCAAGGUUCGGCAAGCAAUCAAGGUUCAUCCAGUAAUCAAGGAUCGUCCAGCAACCAAGGCUCGUCAAAUAACCCGUCUUCCGCAAGUAAUCAAAAUACUAAUCAAGAAUGUACUUCAGAAGGAUACUUGCCUCACCCAACCGACUGUACUAAAUUUCUCAGAUGUGUCGACAAUGGUCAAGGAGGAUACACCAAAUAUGAGUUUACUUGCGGCCCUGGAACAGUCUGGGAUAAAAGAAGUCAAACAUGCAACCAUCCACAUGCUGUCGACGAUGAAAAAUGUGGUGGAAAGCAAGAUUCCUCAAACAAUCAGGAAGUCCCUAACAAUCAAGGCUCAUCCGCCAAUCAGGGUUCGUCGAGUAAUCAAGGGUCAUCUAGUAAUCAAGGAUCGUCUAGUAAUCAAGGGUCUUCGUCUAACCAAGGAUCAUCUAGUAAUCAGGGAUCUUCUAAUAACCAGGGAUCAUCAAAUAAUCAAGGUUCUUCAAGUAACCAAGGUUCAUCCAGUAAUCAAGGCUCAUCUAAUAAUCAGGGAUCAUCCAGUAAUCAGGGUACUUCAAGUAAUCAAGGUUCAUCAAGUAAUCAAGGCUCUUCUAGUAAUCAAGGAUCAUCUACUAAUCAAGGAUCAUCUAAUAAUCAGGGAUCGUCCAGUAAUCAAGAGUCUUCAAGCAAUCAAGGUUCGUCAAACAACCAAGGAUCAUCCAGUAACCAAGGUUCAUCCAGUAACCAGGGUUCGUCUAAUAAUCAGGGAUCGUCUAAUAAUCAAGGUUCAUCCAGUAAUCAGGGUUCGGCAAGUAACCAAGGUUCAGCCAGUAAUCAAGGCUCGUCUAGUAACCAGGGAUCGUCUAAUAGUCAGGGAUCAUCUAGUAAUCAGGGAUCAUCUAGUAAUCAGGGUUCGUCAAGUAACCAAGGUUCAACCAGUAAUCAAGGCUCAUCUAGUAACCAGGGAUCGUCUAAUAAUCAGGGAUCAUCCAGCAAUCAGGGAUCAUCCAGUAAUCAGGGUUCGUCAAGUAACCAAGGUUCAUCCAGUAACCAAGGUUCAUCUGGUAAUCAGGGAUCGUCUAAUAAUCAAGGGUCUUCGAGUAAUCAAGGUUCAUCGAACAAUCAGGGCUCAUCCAGUAACCAAGGUUCGUCUAAUAAUCAAGGCUCUUCAAGUAAUCAAGGAUCUUCCAGCAAUCAGGGGUCGUCUAAUAAUCAAGGAUCAUCAAAUAAUCAAGGCUCAUCUAAUAAUCAAGGGUCUUCGAGUAAUCAAGGUUCAUCGAACAAUCAGGGCUCAUCCAGUAACCAAGGUUCGUCUAAUAAUCAAGGCUCUUCAAGUAAUCAAGGAUCUUCCAGCAAUCAGGGAUCGUCUAAUAAUCAAGGAUCAUCAAAUAAUCAAGGCUCAUCUAAUAAUCAAGGCUCAUCCAGUAAUCAAGGCUCCUCAAACAACCAAGGUUCGUCUAACAACCAAGGUUCGUCUAAUAAUCAAGGCUCUUCCAGUAAUCAAGGAUCUUCCAGCAAUCAAGGUUCAUCAAGCAAUCAAGUUUCGUCUAAUAACCAAGGUUCGUCUGAUAAUCAGGGCUCCUCCAGUAACCAAGGAUCUUCCAGCAACCAAAGUUCAUCUAGUAAUCAAGGAACUUCUGACAAUCAAGGUGAAAAACCCCCUUGUGAAAACAAUAACAAGCCUGAAGCAGUUUCUAAUAUCCCAGCAGGAUCUAAUGGAAAAUGCGAAAGGGAAGGCUUCGCUGGUGAUGAAAGCGAUUGUAGAAAGUUUUAUAGAUGUGUUUCCAAUGACAAAGGCGGCUUUACCAAAUACGAUUAUUUAUGCCCAGAAAGCACCGUGUGGGAUCAAUCAAUUACAACUUGCAAUUACCCUAAUGCUGUUAGUGGCAAAUGUGGCACAGACUCGCAAACCAUAAGCUCAACAGAAUCAAAUACAACUCCAACAACCGUGUCUUCCUCUAGUACAACAAUAAAGCCAACUGAAGCCUCCCAAAUCUCAACCACACAACCCCCACAGGGUUCUAGCACAAGUCAACCACAUGUUUCUAGUACCCAAAAUCCAUCAACAACGCCUAUCCCGGCCGGAUCAAAUGGAAAAUGUGAACGCGAGGGAUUUAUGGGUGACGAAGAUAAUUGCGAAAAGUUUUCUAGAUGCGUGAGUGACGGUAAGGGUGGAUUUACAAAAUACGAGUUCGCUUGUGGUCCUGGAACAGUAUGGGAUCAGGAAUUGCAAACUUGCAAUUAUCCCGAAAAUUUAAAAGAUGGAAAAUGUAAAAAUUUUAUCAGUGUAAGCAAUACAACUACCACUGAACAUCCAAGUUCGUCGCCAAAGCCCAGUUCAACAUCAUCACCAGCUCAACAAUCAACAGGAAAACCUACCACAGAAAGCACGACAAUUACUCCAUCUUCUUCAACCACGUCGACUACAGAACAAGCACAACCACAAACAACAGAAAAACCAACAGAAGAAUCAAACUCAAGUACCGCAUCUCCAACUCAGUCUGAUGGAAAGAAAUGUGAGAAAGAGGGCUUCAUGGGUGAUGAAAAAGAUUGUAAAAAAUUUUACAGGUGCGUCGAUAACGGGCAAGGAGGCUUUAUAAAAUAUGAAUUUACAUGUGGCGAAAAUACUGUAUGGGAUGAAAGCAUUUUAGGAUGUAACCAUCCAUGGGCUGUUAAUUCGAAAUGUGGCACUUCUCAAUCAUUAAAUUCUAGCACUAGUCAACAACCUCCAACUGAGAAUCAAGUAACAACUGAAGCUCAACAAAGUCCAGUAACAGAACCAACUACGCAAGCUCAAACAACGACGCAAGGAACUAUUCCAACUACAACACAGAUUCAAACAACAGGUGAGCCUUCAACUCAAACUACACAACAAUCAACAAGUGAAAUAACGACACAGCCUACAACACAAUUUCAAACUAGUACUCAGCCUGCAAGCCAAACGACAACUGAAAUCACAGAGCAACCCACUACCCAAUCAACAACACAGUCUUCAACGCAACCGACAACACAAUCAGUAACAGAAACGACAACUCAAGUCACAGAACAACCUUCGACUCAACCAACAACCCAGUCUGUAACACAACCGGCAACGCAGUCAGUGACGGAAACCAACACACAAUUGACAACUCAUCCAACUACUCAAACAUCAAUUCAAACUACGAAUCAACCAACCUCAUCAAUACCUACCGAAAGCACCACAAUUGAGUCUACAACAUCUGUAACAGAGACUACAACAAACGUUCCUUCAAACCCGCCAGGAAAAGUAUGCCUUAACGAAGGUUAUAUGGCAGAUCCGGAUGACUGUACCAAAUUUUACCGUUGUGUAAAAAAUAACGAUAAAUUAGACCGCUAUGAAUUUACUUGUGGCGAAGGAACUGCUUGGGAUGAAAGUUUAAACACAUGCAAUCACAGGGAUAAAAUCGAACGAUGCAAUGGCCAAACGACGCAAACUCCAACGUCAACUACACAAAGUUCUAGCGAAAGUACAACAAUAAUUUCAACAGCCUCUCCCACAGAUCAAACGACAAUAAUGCAUACAACUGAAGCAACGACUGUUCCUACAACAGUUCAAACAACUUCGGCACCAGCACCGGCAACAACAUCAGUACCGUCGACUGAAUCAACAAUAAAACCAACCGAAGCAUCAACUACUAUUGAAAGCGUAGCAGAAAAUACAACAGAACAACAAUCAUCAACAACUGAACCAUCGUCAACAGAAGGUACUACCCAAGACCCGUUAACAACAACAACAACAUCAAGUGGUACCGGAGCAGAACCCUGUCCAGUUACAAACAGUAAUCAAGCCCUCUUUGUUUGUCCAACCGGAUUCAGACGACAUCCUCAAGAUUGCAAUAUGUUCUAUCAAUGCUCAAACAAACCUGACAGUACAGAUUUAAGUAUUAUAACAUUUAAGUGUCCAGCUGAGAACGUUUACAACGAAAAAGAGAUGAAAUGUACAAGUCCAAAUGAAGCUCCUGCAUGUAGCUCUACGCAAUCGUCUACUUUACGUUCAUCUUUUGAUAUGUUAUUGAGAAAAAAACUUUAUCAGUCUGGCGAAACAUUCUGCCCUUAUGAAGGACAUUUCCCUGUUAACAACGAAGAAUGUGGUUCGAUGUUUGUUAAGUGCUCAUCAACACUAGAUUCAGAUAAUAUGGAACCACAAAUAUUUAGAUGUCCGAGAGGUUUCGCUUAUUGGUCCGUUAGUAGACGAUGUGAGAAAGUUGAAAAAUUGCCAAAUUGUCGGUCAAUGAAAUACGAUCAAAAUAGUUCAGUACCAAUCGAAUGGAUAAAUGUCGGAAAACGACGUAGUCUUAAUAUUUAAAAAAUAAUUAGUUAAGAUUAAUUUAAGAUCAUAAAUUAAAUGUAUUUUUCAUUUUAUUAAUGAGCCCUAGUCGUUGAAGGCUUAUAUUAAUCUUCAGCUAUUAGUCUCCAGUAUUUUUAAGCAAAAGCCUUACAGUAAAUGGU